AUGUCGACCUUUGAUGGAAUUGUUGAAGAGUUCCCCGGCAUCCGAAUCGAUUAUUUUCGAAAAUGCCCUGAGCGGUCUGCACCGCUGGCUUGCUUUCUAAGCCAUGUGCAUAGUGAUCAUCUACAAGGUCUCGAGUCGUUUCGGGCCCCAUUCAUUUACUGUUCGCCAGCGACGCGAGAGUUACUGUUACGGAUUGAGCAAUAUCCUCACCGAAUGAACUUUAACAAAGGCAUUCUAGAGUCACGCAGGCGGCACUAUAAGCAUCUCGCAAAACUGCUGGUAUCGUGUUUUGAACUCUCGCUCUUGAUGCCAAAGCUUAUUCUGGAACAGCGCCCCAUCCCGCUGAAUACGCCAACAGAGAUUGAACUUACACCGCGACAACGUGUCAGGGUUACUUUAUUUGAUGCCAAUCAUUGUCCUGGGGCAGUGAUGUUUCUAAUCGAAGGAGACGACAAGGCAAUCCUCUACUCGGGUGACAUCCGAGCGGAAAAAUGGUGGGUGAAUAGCUUGGUCCGCCACCCUAUUUUAAUACCAUACACUCUAGGUCAGAAACGUCUGGAUAAGUUGUAUCUGGACACCACUUUUGCAAGCAAGAAAAAUCCAUUCCGCGAAUUUCCUUCCAAGGCGGAGGGUCUGGCGGAGCUUUUGCAAAAGGUGAAAGCCUAUUCCACUGACACGGUCUUUUAUUUUCGUGCAUGGACAUUCGGCUAUGAAGAUGUAUGGAUAGCGCUGUCGGCGGCGCUGAACACUAAGGUACAUGUUGAUCGCUACCAGAUGGGUCUAUACCGGUCUUUGAUAUCAAUACCAGGUAACAAAGGUGCCAGCGAAGCACCUGCCUUGUGUGGCUUUGAGCUAGGUAAUAGAGACAUUGAAGGCUGUUUGAGUAACAAUGAGAGCAAUCGAAUUCACAGCUGCGAACCGGGUGUCGCGUGCGUAUCAUCCCGUGGACCCAAAUCGGUCUACAUAAUGCCUAUUGUCAACCGCACUCCUACCGGUACAGAAAUCCCCGACGUCGGCGCAGGCGGCGGCGUUGGAGAUCUUUACCAAACCCAUGAACUGGAGCUGCCGGAUGAGUCUGUCAUGACUGAGUUGGAGAAGCUUUGUUCCCAGCACAUACAAGAUCAAGAUGUGUUGUCUCAGAUGCGAAUUGCGCUAAAGAAUGCAUUUCAAUCGAGGAGGAAGGCGCUUUCACUUGAUACAUAUGGUCUGAGAGAAGAAGGGGAGAUCUCAUUGGAGAACCUGGUAACUGCUCUUAGCCAUGGUCCUUCCGCUUCCUCCGAUGAGGUCUCUAAACCCGAUCUGCCCAACACCAUACGAUUCCCAUACUCGAGACAUUCCUCAUAUGCUGAAUCAUGCGAAUUGGUAGCUGCAUUCCGACCCAAGGAUAUUCACCCAUGCACAGUGGAUCCAUCGACUUGGAACGAAAACGUCUCCAUCCGAUCUUUGUUUGGGCAUCUUUGUUCAGAGAAUAGAUUUUCCCAUGAUGAGCUUAUGCGGCAGACGUUGGAAGAUGAAAGUGAUGAAGAAGGUCCACGCGCAAAGAAGAGACCUCGCUAUGACUUGGACCUAUCCACCCAGUCCACAGAGACAAGUGAUGGAAUGGGAAAUGUCAGUCUUCAUACAAUUGAUUUGAGCCAGCAUGACCAACCUCAAAUUUAUGCCCAUCAAGCGAAUACAUCAGAAGGUGCCACCAAAGUCAACAGUGGUGUUCUUCAUCAAGAAACGGACCCCCAACCCAUCUCCUCUCAAGCCAACAUCCUACCAUCAACAUGUUCGACUGACAAUGAAAUCAACCAUGAACCUGUCAGUACGAAGAGACUAGCUCCAGAAACCCCAGAAAUACACCACACAACCCUCAAUCACGAACAAAAGACACCCAGCAUAAUCGAUCUAACCGGCGACGAUAUCGCCUCCCCCGUCCCUAACUCCCAAAAAGCAGAAAGUCAACUCACUGAUUCGUUUCCCCUCUCCAUUCCAGAGUCGGCACUCGCCUCUCCAGGCCAGAGACUCGUGGGAAAUGGAACACACGAUCCAGAAAAGGAUGAUGCAAGUCUGCGUUUUUCGCGCCAUGCUCGUAUUGCUGCUUAUCUUGCUGCACGAGAGGAUACGUACGCUGCAUGGACGGAUGUAUCGCUUGUUUCUGCAAGAGAUAAUCACACCGAAGAGGAGCUUGAGUUAUAG